GCACAGUGCGCAUGCGCAAAAACGCGACUUCGCAACAACACGGGCAACAAUACUGGUUCAUGUCCGCAAAACGUGUAUGUCGCGGUGCUGCGUGCUGCGCGACGCUUGCGAAUUAUAUGUAUAUACAAAAAUAACGCGUUGAAAACUCUAACCUCCAAAGUGCGCAAACUGGAAAAGAAAUUUUUCCAAAAGGUAUGUUUAGGAACCCUAACCUCCAAAAACCCAUUCAAAAAAUGAGUUUGAUUUUCUCACAAAGGAUGUGGAACUAUUCGUUCAAAAGAGGAGCAAUAUAUUUGUCGAUCAACAAACAAGUUAAAAAGCACUGAAAAUUGCUUAUAUACAGUCUGUUGAACAUUAACGCGCAAUGGGUGAAGGAAACGUUUGCUUUCAAAUAGACACUGACAAUCGUGAAAACUUUCCAUCUGUUACUGCGUUCCAUGUCUUUAGGAAGCAGCGAGAUGCUUUUUAUGAUAUACUGCGUAUUUGGAAAGAGAAUCACUCAGUACCAGGAUGGGUAUUUCAGAUUGCCCUGGGCAGCAAAAUACGAAACAUGCUGACAAUGUACAAUGACUCUGUUAAUUAUUAUCACAUGGCUAGAUUGUUCAAAUCACAAUUGCUGAUAUCUUGUAUACAGAAUGGAUAUCAGGACGAAGUGGUAGAUGAGGAGAGCAUGAAUUUUCUAAAAGCUUUGAAGCAUGUUAAUCCAGAAAAACUGACGCAGCUUAGUAAAAGAUUUGUGACUCCCUUGCCGUCGCAGAGUCAGAAUGUCAGCCCUUCGUUCCCUGGCAUGCAAGAAUUUUUCAGAGAUUUUAUUUUACACGCAUUCAAUCCCAUAUUUUACAUACACUUAGAAAAUUGUUUUGUUUACGAAAUAAUGGAGUUAAAUGAUACACAAUUUGGUAAUAGUGAAAUAGAAGACUCAGAGACAAUGGUUGAUGAACAAACGCAGCAGAAAUUCACUACGUGCUUAGCCAGCUUAAGGCUUCUCGCGAAACUAUUAGGAUUUUUAGUAUCAUUACCAUACAGAUCUGAAUCAAAUACUAAAGAGAUCGUUACGACUCAAGUGGAGAUAAGAAGCAAGAUUUUACCAUCGUUGAAUCUACAAGUGUGUCUUCAGAACGCCAUAGUUGAAGGCAAACUUACAUUAACUAUACCUUGGAUAAUCAAAUAUCUGGCCAUGUUGGAUAUUGUGACACUGCGGCUACCGUAUUACAAGCAAAUACUAGAACUACUGUAUUACAUUUACCGUGCUGUUCUUCAGGUCGAUCUUUCCGCGCCUGAUUGCCUAAUCUCGGAACAAGCGGCCGUGUUGCUUAAGUCUAGCCUGUGUUGGUUGUUCGAGAUGCCAAAUUUUCCCAAGGAUUUCUACAACGGCUGGCAGAAGACUUGCAAAAUCAAGGAGCUAAGGAAUCUCAAGCAGCUCGAGAAGCUUCUCUUCGAAAAGAGAGGAAACUCGUAUAUUGCUGACUGCGCAGUAGUCUCUGCCAAAUACAGUCUCGAUAAAUUAGAUAUAAUCACCGAUCAGACUAUGCGUAUGUGCUGCCCGCGAACGGAAUCUACUUUCUCUAUGUUUCAAGGGAAUGGGACAAAUCUUAACAUCAACUCCAACAAACACAUUACACCUGUUACUAGUCAAUUACGCAAAGUAGGGAGCACAACUCGCACGAAACAGUUGGAAUUGCAACUGGAGGAAGCUUUUUUCCACGGUCAACCAGCCUCCACGCGUAAAACAGUGGACUUCGUUUCUGAACGAGUUGCAUCGACCUGCAUGAAGCAUAUAUGUAACACUUCGCUGACUUCCUCGCGAGAAACGAAUUUGGACUGUUUCAGAAAACUCUUGAAGCGAAAGCAGCACAACAAGCAGAGAGAUUCAGACGAGCAGAGCGAACUGUCACUAAAUUAUAGUAAAGACUUCAAGGAUUCUCUCGCAAACGAUAUGAGUACGUUGGCCAACAACGCAUCAAAAGAUUUGAAGGAUCAUUGCGAGAAAACGAUUCCGGCAAUGUGCGAAACGCGAGUCACAGCGUCGAUAGAAUCUUUGUUAGCGGAAGACUCUCUAACGGCGGUCAAAGAGAUGUGCAUAAAGAUCGCGACCAGAAUGGCAAUAGAGCGCAUAAACCAGUGGAUUCAGUCGCACAUUGUCGGCGGUUCCUUAUUUAUGAAAGACAUGGAGCUCGAGAUCAAUAGAUUUUUCCGAAACAAUAGUCCUGUACAUUCCAAACAGGAGAAAUGUCACGACAAAGACGCACCUAGCCCCACUCUGAUGAUGGACGAGCUUCGAGGAUUGAUAUGGCACUUAGUGGAUAACAACGGCGCAGAUUUAACAGUGUCAUGUAUAUUGAACAUUUUAGACAAAUUGUAUCGUGCUUUUAAUGAAAGAUGUGAUCUACUGUCAGGGCCAAAGAAAAUUUUGUAUGCUCUCAGUAUUGAUUUUGCGUUAUUUUUAGUCGCACACAGGACCGAUCUCUUCACACGAGAGAUCCAGGACAAGUUGAUCAAAAUUUGGUCGUUGGAUGAUCUGAAAGACGACGAGAUCGAGUCGCCUAUGCAUAGACUUCUGUGUUCCAGAAACAUUAUGUUGUUGGCACAGCCUGAAAAUGAUGCGUUAUGGCCGAUCUUCGGCAGAUUCUUAAAACGACUGUUAGACGCAAAGAUUCUCGAUGGAGACAGUUUAAGCGAUCAGUGUGUGGCACUGUUCAGACAAGAGUGGCCUGUACCAUUGUUGACGCUUUUAUCAAAGUGUCUGACCGAGGCUAUCGAGGGUUAUAGAGCUACUGACGAGACGUCUGAAAAAGUCAAAUAUCUAUUAAGCUGGGUAGCGGAAACGUACCAGGAAAUUGAUUUUUGCGACGAUUACGGUUUAUAGAUAUUGACGACGGGCAGUUCACACUGUCUUACACUUGAAGAAGUGCGAUUAUAUUGUUAAUAUUUGUCUGUAAAUACAAAAUUUAAUGUAUAUCGUCGUAUGUAUAUGUGUAAAGUAUUGUACAUUCGUAGUUCUGAAUAUUUUGACGCUGAGACGAAGCAAUCUUAUUGUUGUACAUAUACAUACGUAAAAUGACGUAUAAUCUGCUUCGAAAAUAUAUACGUAUAUGUGUAUCGACGAUUUAUUUUAUAAUAAUAAAAAUAAAUUUUACCUUUUUUAUA